GUUGAAACCCCAUUCCUAUACACCGUCUCUCAUUCUUCAGUCGCCAAACUAUAAUUUUCCCAAAAUGCCGGAGAAAGUUGUAUUCAAGUUGGACGUGUUUGACGAAAGAAUCAAACAAAGAGCUAUGAAAGUUGUAUGCGAGUUUCCAGGGGUUACUCUGAUAGACGUGAAGGAAAAAGGUAAACUAAAAGUGUCGGGAGAAUUCGACAAGUUUGAAAUGACGAAGAAGCUUAAGAAGAUAUACAAAUAUGUUGACAUUAUUGCGCUUGAACAGAUUGGGGAACCGAAGAAAAAAUUGGAUCCGGUUAAGAAACCUGAACCACUAGUGAAGAAGGCCCCGAAACAAAAAUUGGAUCCGGUUAAGAAGCCUGAACCAGUAGUGAAGAAGGCACCAUCUUUCCGUGGUUGGAAGAUAGGUUUCUUUUAAAGGAAUCAAUUUUGAGGUCGUUAUCAGUUUGAGUUCUAUGGACUAUUGUAUCAUGUCGAUAUGUUUCAUCUCAUUUUAUGAAAAAGUUGUUUAUGUAUGUUUGAAUAAUAAUAUGGUGUGUAGCUUACAAAGAAGAAAUUCAUAUAUAGAUGAAACCCUAAAGAGUAUGAAGGGUAAAUAAUUAGUACAAUUCUCG